AUGGGGGACACGGAGAAGGGCGCCGAGCCCAACCCCAACGUCCAAGUCCUCAACCUGCCGCCAGCGGCCGUCGCGACUGAUGAUGGCUUCUACCGCUGGGCCGAUAUCACCUUUGAGUGGGCCAAGGCGCUGGACAAUGAAUAUGAGCGCCGUGCUGUCACUUCUCUAGUCCACAGGACCGUCAUCACCAAACCCAACCACCCUCUCGCAGGAAAGGACGCUUCAGGCAAUGCCCAACCAGUCAAGCUCUACGAGUGCCUUUACGCGGACGGGACGCGGCAGCUCUGCUACUCCCUCGGUCAGAUUCAGUAUCUGCAGUACUAUAUGUUCGAAUGCCACCUUACCGACCCCAACCACGCCAAUAACCGCAAGGAGCCGGCCACUGACCCGGAUGACGAUGAGAAGCCCAUUAGGCACAUUCCCCUGCCUGCUGGCCUCAUCCCGGCCGAAUCUUUCAAAUUUGUCAAACCCCUCGUCGUAGACCAGGACCCGAGCAAGUAUGACAAGAAGCUGCGCCAGGAGAACAAGCGGCACAUCAAGAACAUGGAAAUUGCGUCCAUGAUGUCGCCUGUGCUUCCCUCCCCGACAGACUCGCCUUCGUCUCCUUCGUGCACCGCCAGCGAACUCGAGCCCAGUGACGAACCGGAGCCCGCGCUCCCCCUCGGCUAUUUCGAGCAGGCUCAGCAGGCCGUUAUCCUCGCGCACGCUGGUGGUCUCAAGGCGGUGCAGCAAGAGAUAGGCGAGAAGGAUACUGAACAGCUCGAGAGCGACCCGGCUACUGGGCGUGGGCUCUUUAUCGCCAUCUACGCUCGCGAGUUACCCGACUUCGACGGCAACCCCGUGCUCAAGGACGUCGGCUUUGACGCCGUAUACUUCGCUCCCAACCCCGAUGACACUGGCGGUAACCGCACUGAGGGCCCGCCAGACCGUGACGUAUGCACUGAAAUACACGACCGCGAGCACUGGCUCGUCGAGGAGGAAAUCGGCUUGGAGGGGGCACCAUCGCCUUACCUGUUCAAGAAGGACUCGAACCUUUCCGGUGGCAGUCUCUCCAAGCCUCUUGCCAGAAUCGCUAUUGACUUCAAGAGGAAGCUUGUCGAUCUGUGGAUACGCGCUGGAAAGGGUCCAGUCUACAUCCUCAACCACUCGGUCGACUGGGAUCUUUCUGGCUUCGAUGCCCUGGGAAUUGACGUCGACGAGAUCAACACCAUACUUCACAACUUUGCCAACUCUAGCAGUAACGGCAACAAAUUCCUGAUUGACACCGCUCGUCUCUUCGACGAUAUCGAGAACGGACUUCCUGGGACAAGCCCGUUGGUCAGCACCCCUCGCACCCUCGAGGAUAUCAUGACCCUCAUAUAUGGGCCCAGCCCCAACCCGGCCAACGGCGUCUUCGACAACGCCGGGAACCGUGCUACUUUCAAUAUGAAAAUCUUUAUGAAGCUUGUUCAUAACUGGGACUGCGAAACCCUCCAAGACGUGCGUGCUUGGCUCGAUUCGCGGAUCGCCAAUGCAUCAAUCGCGGCCGAACCUCAACCUCCGCCUCCUGGGCUCUCGUCGCGCACUGUCUCCCCCCCUCCGGCCACCACCACCUCGACGAACAGCACCAGUGUGGGGAACACGCCUACCACACAUGACACACUUCUUAAUGACAUUGUCAAUGCCCUUACCAACGCCAAAAUCCCAGGUCAUCACAGCGAUCCCCAGGAUUCUAUGUCCGAGCGCUCUAUCGACGACGACGACUCGGACUGGGAGGACGGUGGCCAGUUCAUGGUGAUGAACUCGGUCGGCGAGCUCGUCUGUGCGUUCGACGACGCCGACGAGUAG